UUUAAUCAUUUGUCUAAAUUUUUCGAUCCAGGUAUUUAUGGAGAAAGUACACACAAAAAUUAUUGUCAAUUUCUUAUUUCAAAAUGUUAGUUGGCACCCAACUCUUGGUGGCCGCUGUACUGCUCUUAGGACCAGGUGCCAUGGGACAAUGCGUCAAUUGCAAUAAGAUCUAUAAGUUUCACUGUCAGGUUAACAGAACUGGAUACUUCUGCGAGCCCGGCUCUAUCAUCCAUACCGUCCAUACUGGUCCGUUUCAUGAUGUAACGUCCACGGUGAAACCCUUUGACGACCCGCACGAAUCAUGCACACCUAAAGAGUUCAACGUAGAAUACAUCAGCACGUUCUGCUGCUUUUAUUCACCGAGGAUCGGCUGCCAGAUGAUCAUAAACCCAUCAAUGUUGGCCUACGAGAACCGACCCGUGUCAAGAUGCAUGGAAUGCAGUACACACUGCAUGUGCAUAACCAACAGGGGCUCAAUCCCUUUCCAGUCCUGGACGGUGUUCUGCAUCCUGGGCUACUUGGCCUCUUCGCUGAUAUCGUUUCCCAGAUGGGCAGCGACCUUGGGUAAGAUUUAGAUGACGCCAAGAGCCCAGGAUUCAGAAGAUUGUUAUUGAAGGGGCUUGAGCAACUAUCAAAAGCAUUGACAGAGCAUCGUUCGCCGUAAUGUGUUAAUGUAAAGGAUCUAAUCGGAGUUCUGAAUACUGCCAAUUCAAAUAAGAAGCUCCAAGGGAUAUAUCUAAGGCUUUGAACCUACAAGUAGGACGAGUUAAUCCUGAUUGGAAUGAAUGCACUCAUCCAGGUUACUCACUUCACAUACUAAAAUUUUUUGUGUAAACGUAAAAGUGCGAUAAAAUGUUAACCACUGAUGGAUGUUCCGAAAGUGACACAAUCGAA